AUGGAGCCGGCUACCAUGGCCUGGACGCUGGCGGCGGCCGGUUUCGCGCUGGUGUACUGGUUCGUGUGGGUGAUGGGCGCUGCGGAGGUGCAGGGGAAGCGCGCCGUCGACCUCCAGAUGGGAUCCAUCGCCGACGACAAGGUCGGGGACAGGUAUUCCCAGUACUGGUCCUUCUUCCGCAGCCCCAAGGAGACAGCCGCCGCGGCCACCGCCGACAAGGUGCCGGCCUUCGUCGACACCUUCUACAACCUCGUCACCGACAUCUACGAGUGGGGCUGGGGCCAGUCGUUCCACUUCUCGCCCUCUCUGCCCGGCCGGUCGCACCGGGAGGCGACGCGGGUGCACGAGGAGCGCGUGGCCGACCUGCUCGAGGCGCGCCCCGGGAAGCGGCUGCUCGACGUCGGCUGCGGCGUCGGCGGGCCCAUGCGCGCCAUCGCGGCGCACUCCGGCUCCGACGUCGUCGGGAUCACCAUCAACGAGUACCAGGUCAACCGCGCCCGCUCGCACAACCGCAAGGCCGGCCUGGACGCGCAAUGCGAGGUGGUGUGCGGCAACUUCAUGGCCAUGCCGUUCCCGGACGCGUCCUUCGACGGCGCCUACUCCAUCGAGGCCACCUGCCACGCGCCCAGGCUGCAGGACGUCUACGGCGAGGUGUUCCGCGUGCUCAAGCCAGGGGGCCUCUACGUCUCCUACGAGUGGGUGACCACCCCGCUGUACCGCGCCGACGACCCGGAGCACGUCGAGGCCAUCCACGGCAUCGAGCGCGGCGACGCCCUCCCGGGCCUGCGCCGGCAGGACGAGAUCGCCGCCGUCGCCAAGGAGGUCGGCUUUGAGGUCGUCAAGGAGCUGGACCUGGCGCUGCCGCCGGCGCUCCCCUGGUGGACGCGGCUCAAGAUGGGGCGCCUCUCCUACUGGCGCAACUCGCUGGUGAUCCGGGCGCUCACCCUGCUGCGCGUGGCGCCCAAGGGCGUCUCCGAGGUGCACGAGAUGCUGUACGAGACGGCGCAUCACCUCACCCGCCGCCGCCGAAUAGACAGUAGCAUCACAUGCGCAAGAAUGCAGCAGCGAGUCCUAGCUCUUGCCGCGGGCAGCUAG